GCAAUUUACCAGUGCUAGAAAAUGUGUACUUAGUAGAGAAACGUAGUGUUACAUGGAUCAUAAUGACGUGUGGAAGACAUUCAAAUGAUUUUCAGCAUUGUUGAUUUUGUACUGUGUAUACGUAUGCAUUGCUUUAAAGUUUAGUUCAAAUUAUCAAAAUGUGGUUUCCUGUUCUUGUGAAUAGUGUUGUGUCAGUAGUGGCAUAUCUAGUUACUCUAAGAAUUAUCCCACGAUUUAAAGACAUGUUUGUUAAAGCGAAUCUCUAUGGCAUAGAUAUGAGUAAGAGUAGAAAAGAAAAAAUACCUGAAGCUUUAGGAGUUGUAACAGGGUGUGUUUUCUUAAUCACACUUUUCAUAUUUAUUCCGGUUCCAUUCAGUCAGUCCAUACUGAAGAAUGCAGAUUUUCCACAUGAUGAGUUUGUUGAGCUGGUAUCAGCUCUCCUGUCUAUAUGCUGCAUGCUUCUCCUGGGUUUUGCAGAUGAUGUUCUAGACUUAAGAUGGAGGCACAAGCUCUUAUUACCCACCAUAUCAUCUCUUCCACUCUUGAUGGUCUAUUAUGUUAAUUUCAAUUCAACAACCAUUAUAGUUCCUAAACCUUUCAGGCAAUUGUUUGGAUUUUCUAUUAAUUUAGGAAUUCUGUAUUAUGUGUACAUGGGUAUGCUGGCUGUGUUCUGUACCAAUGCGAUCAAUAUAUUAGCAGGAGUAAAUGGAUUGGAAGUUGGUCAGUCUGUUAUAAUUGCUGCAUCCAUCAUCGUAUUUAAUAUUAUUGAGUUGGGUGGUGAUCUUUGGAAAGCACACCUGUUUUCCCUGUACUUCAUGUUGCCAUACAUCGCCACAUCCAUUGCGUUAUUGCAACAUAACUGGUAUCCAUCAAGAGUCUUUGUCGGAGAUACAUUCUGUUACUUCUCAGGCAUGACAUUUGCAGUGGUUGGAAUCUUAGGCCACUUUAGCAAGACAAUGCUUCUUUUCUUUCUGCCUCAAGUUGUAAAUUUUGUGUAUUCUGUUCCCCAACUGUUCCAUCUAGUGCCAUGCCCAAGACAUCGUUUGCCAAGGUACAACAUUCAAACUAACAAGCUGGAAGCUAGUGUGACCACAUUCAAGAUAUCAGAUUUAAACUGUCUUGGAAAAUUGAUUAUGGCAGUGUUCCGUAUACUACACUUGGUCCACUGGGUAGAAAAAAAAGAUAGCGACAAUGAUAAGGAAAUUUACGUGGAAUGCAAUAAUCUCACGCUCAUCAACUUUGUGCUUAUAUGGAAAGGACCUACACAUGAAGCGACACUCACUACAAUUUUACUUAUUAUCCAGGUGCUUUGCAGCCUUCUUGCAUUCACAAUCCGCUAUCCAUUGGCAUCACUCUUCUACGAUAUUUAGCAGGCUGACAUGUGUCUCUUGUACCAAAGAUGACUCCACUAUUUUCACCAUUUAUGCUUGAGCAUUUUAUGUACAGGAAUAGUAAUAAUUAACUGCAAUGAUGAUACUAUUCCAGUAUCUUUACAUCUAUUUUGGUCAUUAAUUUUAUAUUUCAGAAUAUUAUAUAUGUUUUUUAUUUAAUUUAGGAAUUUAUUAUUUAUGCACCCAUGUGACAUAAAUCACUGACCAGAAAAAAAGAAUACAUUAAUGUUGAAGUUUCCUUCAUUGUGUAUAAAAGUAAAUAAAGUACACUGUCUGUUGCAUGUCAAGAGGAUAUCGUGUAAUGGGUGGACUUUGGCUGCUACCUACACACAAAACAACACAAACAUCGCCGCCUCAAGUGGAAUUUGAGCAGGCAAAGAUGGUUCAUGCCUUAGCCCAUGCAUCCACUGUGAUUGGCACAGUAUUAUUGCUACCCUAUGUUAAGUUUGUUACAGAUAAUGACAUACACUGUAAAAUUUGCUAAUAUGUAAGAAAGUGCCUUAGAUUUAAUAGACAUUGUACAUCCAACAUUUCAUAAUAAAAUUGUGGACCAAAAUAAAAAUUAGCAAGGUA